GAAACGUUUCUGUCAAUGAGUGUAGCACCUGUUCUUCUUGCCUUGUUCUUAUUCCUAUUCAGUGCAAUUUGCAAAGAACAAAAGUAGAAAACAACAGCUAAAUACACUGCACAAGAAGGUUUCUUGCACUUCAGUAGAACUUUCAGCUUUGGAAAACAAUACAAGAAAAGACUUCAACUUGGAUUUUUAGACUAAAUAUGCCCAGGGUAAUUGACGCUGAUGCACUUUGUGACUUCUUUAUGUUUGGCUCAGCAUUCCCCUUUUAAUCUUUCAAUAUUAUUUGAAGUGUUGCGUCAAAUAGUGAAGGAGUUUUUUUUCUAGAUAAGUAUAAAUGUUUGGCAACAAGGUACUUCUAACCUACAAAAGAAAACGGAAAUCUCAAAGUGGCAGUUUCGUCCAUGGAAAUCGUUGCCAAAAUUCAGUUUGUGAAGAUUCCCUUGAUUGUUCUUUAACUAAACGAGUUAAACACAACAAGCUAACUGAUGAGAAGAUAUCCGAAAAACAUGAAGAAAAGGCAAUGGAUACUAGUGAUGGAAAAAACCCGUGCUUUGGAAGCAUCAAACAGCCGGAUGAGUCAUCAUCAAUUCCAGUUCAAAAGUCAGGUGGACUGGAAGCAGGGCAGCUUGGAAAUCAUGAUGAAACAGAGAGGGUAAUUACUACGAAGGAAUCAUCUUUAACGAAACAUCCAUGUGCAGGGCGGCUUGGAAAUCAUGAUGAAACAGAGAGGGUAAUUACUACGAAGGAAUCAUCUUUAACGAAACAUCCAUGUGAGGAUAGCUCAAAGAAGGAUGUUGAUGAAUUACCCCCAAUAGUGAAGCCUUCACAAAAUGAUUGCGACACGCAGAAAAAUUCUUCUGGAGAUGAAAACUCUUACAUUGAAUGUGACGAUGGUUCUAAUAAAAACAAUAUUCCACCCUCAGUUGAGUUGGAUGCUAGGAAUGUUAUCAAUGUAAUCAACUCAGAAGCAUCAAUUACAAGAGAAAUCAGUGCUGCAUGUGCCGAUGAAUCUCUUGUUUUGAAAAAGUCUACAGAUAGAUUUACUGAGUCACCCUCCAAAGAUAAUUCUGGGAACCUAUCUGAUUGUAAGGUAACAAAGACCAACUUGACCAGACCAUUAAAAACCUAUCAAUGUUACAAAAGAAAAAAGUGUACGAAUGGGACUGAUAAGAAAAGCAAUUCAUUGCUUGAGAAGGAAAACAUUCCAGUUCUAGCCAAGUGGAGCAUGCUUGCAAAUGCUAAUCUUUCUUCUAGCGAUGGAUCAUCUUGUGACGAAUGUCCUUUAAACAAUGUACCUGACCUUAAUCAAACUCAGACGCAAGAUGAUACAUCUUCUAGAAGCUGUUCUAGGAUUUUUCCCACAGACCUUAAUCUAUCGACAGAGCUUUCUAAAAGAGGGGAGCUUCAUUGGACUCGAGAAAAGGUGAGAAAUGCUGACACUCCAUGUACUAGUGGAGUUGUUUCUGAAACCUGUAUGGCACACUUGGGAGAGCAACUGCGUCAUGGAGAAGACAUGGUGAAAACUGACUCUCACAUGGCUGGAACAGAAGUUCCAAGCCAGAGUUCUCAGGUGCACAAGGAAGUCCAACAUCUUGAUAAGGAUUGCCAAGGAGUCUCUAUCAUUGAUGAUUCUAGAGAUCUCUGUCCUGGUUCCACAACUGCUGACCAAGAACUAGAGGAGUUCCAACCCUCUGUGAAAGGGCACCAACCUCAGAGUAGUGACCUGCCCCCUAACUCUGCAGAAGAGCACGCUAUUGAUUUGAACCUUGUUGCUGACAAGCAUUCGCUUCACUUGGGGAUGAAAACUCUUGUAGCCAAAUCUGACUCUACAAGCAGUAGAUCUGCCAUUGUCGAAAAUCAAGUAACUCAGCUGGACUUUUUAAGCUCUAGCAAUACAAAGCUGAUUUCAGAAGGAAAGACUAUUGAGGACGUCUGUUCAAGUAUUACUCAAUCUCAAUCAGGUGGUUGCAUGAUGUUGGAUGAAAGAACGAAUGUUAAACAAACUAAAACUGAUCAACUAAAACACAUGCCGAACGUUUCUCUUUCUUUGGGUUUGUCUCUACCCACGGAGCUUGAAACUGGGGGUUGUGAUUCCUCUAACUGUUUGCCUACAUUGCCUCUUUUUAAUUUAACCGCCGGAACUAGAGAUAUUGUCCAUGAUGGAUUAUGUCAGUCUUCAACCAACCGGAAGCCAUUGCUUCUCAGGCACAAGGCAUUGCUUGACAACAUCGUAAGCAAAACAAGAGCUUUAAAUGUAAGAGGCAACUUUCAAGAAAAUCUCAAGCCACACCCUAUAAUGUGGUCUGAAGAGGAAUUAGAUUUUCUCUGGAUUGGUGUGAGGAGGCAUGGUAGGGGAAAUUGGGAUGCUAUGCUUAGGGAUCCAAGAUUGCGGUUUUCACCAUUAAGGAAACCAUGGGACCUCGCUGAGAGGUGGGAGGAGGAACAAUCAAAACUUCUGAAAGAUAUUAGUGUUCCACACUUCAUGCAUCCAAAUGCAGAGAGGGCGGCGGCAGAAGCAGCCAUGCAAGGAAACUAUUACUUCGUAGAUCACAAAUCAGGUCCUUGGGGACAAAAUCCAAUAGAGGAUACUAAUCUAUCUCCUGAAGAUGUAUUUUCUCAUAAGGAAAGCAGCCACUUGAAGAGAUCUCUUGCCAUGCCAUUUCUUCUAAGUAACCCCGCUGCACGCGGUCCUGCGCCAAUGAUUCACUCCAGAAGAACUUCUUACAACAGCAACAUGGAUAAGUAUGAAUUGGGAUUUUUCAAUUCUCCCGGAAGCUUGAGUAUUUCCAAGGAUAAUUCUUAUUCGGAUGAUUACCCAUUUAAUUGUUCAAAUGCAAAGAAUAAUUUGCCACUCUGGCUUAGAGAAGCUAUCAAUACUCCUCCAAGGUCCAGAGAGCAAAAUCCGUCUGCAGAUCAUUGCUUUGAUGCUGGUGGUAGUAAGGCAUGCUUUCUGCCUCAAAGUCAGUCGAGUGCUUUGAAGACAAAUGAUGUACACAUAUCAAAUGCUUCUCACUCUUCAACCUAUUCAAGAAGAAAAUAUGGGAUGCUGAAAAUGAACAAGUCUCUUGAACAUCAUGCCAGAAAACAAGAUGACUUGAUUGUUAUUGAUAGUGACUCAUCUUCCGAAGAGACUGUAUCUGACGAUCACCGUGCCAACAUGAAGAUUUGAAUAAUGUAUUUUCUGUUAGAUAAUCCUUGUUCAAAACAUGUAGUGAGCUGUAGAAAAUAUUCCAUGGUUUUCUAGAUUACCAAUUUUUAAACGAAUGACUUGUUGUGAUUUUAUGCUAA